GCCUUGUUGCCGUGUGGUGUGACAGUAAAAUUGUUGGCUGGGAACAGGAUGCUGUCAGGCCGAAUAGACGCACCGAUCUAACGGAGAGAAACCGCAGCAGCAUCCUUUGUUUUCUGGGGCUGGAUAUCCAGAUGGACAUGGCAGAUUCACAAGGGAUUAAGAAAACAGAUGACCUCUGCAGUUAUUACAAAUCACAUGACAACUCCAACCUCAGCUGUGACUCCAACUGACAACCUCCAGCACCUGGAAGAGAAGGGGAACACAUCCAGUUCUGACAGCCAAUAGCAAAAUCUUGGAGCCUAGCAUAGGAGGAGCCAGUAGGCUGAAUCACUUCUGUGGCACUAACCAAUAGGACUACUUCAAACUGGUCAUGUGGUGAACUGCAGAGAGAGCUGAAGCGACAGUGGAGAGGUGACAGGGCUUUCCUUUCACCACCAUCUUCUGCUUUUCCUUGGGCCCUGUGGAAGCACUUAUCCAAACUAGUGCAGUGAAACACACUCAGCACUCUUUUACCUCCUUUCCAUUCUGUCACUGCACUUAUUCUCUCUUUUUCUAUCCAUCUAUCUGUCCACCGUGCUUGAUGAAUAACUCAGAACCUAAGCUCUCUCUCUUUCAGUAAAGACCCAGUGAAGGCUCUGUUGUUUAGGCUUCAGAGCUGCUAAAAGAAAUAGAUCAUCCUACUCAAACAAUGCAUCAGUAUAUUUGACUACAGUACCUCACCUGCCAUCCAGCUCAGAGUCUGGCUCAGUCGGAGGGUCCCAUAGGCCAUGUGGAGGGUCAAGGGCUUCAUCUCUCUCUAGACUUUCUCUUCUCCACCUUGUGUCUUCAUGUUUUGGGGGUCCUCCAGUGCCCCUGCCCUCUGUCGACCCCCCCGCACCUGCUGCCACCACGGCCGGCCACCCCAGUCGCCUUGUUGCCAUGCCGACAGAGACACUGGCUCCAGCCCUGCCAGAUAGCAAGGCCGCUGGCCCUGCAACACCUUUCAGUUCUGCUGUACCUCUCCGCAUCCUCAACAAGGGCCCUGACUACUUCAGGAGACAGGUGGAACCUAACCCAAAGCGCCUCAGUGCUGUUGAGAGACUAGAAGCUGACAAAGCCAAGUAUGUCAAGAGCCAGGAAGUUAUCAACGCCAAGCAGGAGCCAAUCAAACCACCUGUGCUGGCGAAGCCUCCUGUCGGCCACACCCUCCUGUCCAAGAGAGGCUCUGGGAUUGGUGGUGGAGGAAAUGGAGGCGGGAUACCAUUUAAAGCAUCCAAUAACAAUGCCAAGUCAGACACAUGUGCAACAGGCAGCGGCAGCAGCAAACGGGAGAAUUUAAACCUGGAGAUCCUAAAGAAUCUGCUAAACUCAUCAUCCUCUUCAGGAGCGGGAUCUGAAGGACUAGGAAGUGGUGCUAAGAGUGCCGUGCUGAUGAGGUCAUCAGGGGGAAUGGCCAGGAGUUGGACACCAUCAGGGAUGCCAUUAACAUACCGAUCUACAAUGACGCUUAAUGAGCAACCACCAGACUCCGCUCCUAGUCCAAGCACCUCACACUCCCUCCGAUCCUUCUCCCAUUCCCUGAAGGUCCCUCCAAUCAGCAGUGAAGGACGUCGCAGUCCACAUCAGGGAGGAAACCUCAACCUCAGUAGGCGAGUCCUGGAUGAGAGAGGUGAAGGAGGGGUUAUUGAUCGCUCUCACUCCCCACUACCACCUCUGCUCACUUCCCACUCCUCCUCCGACCUCCUGCGACUGUGCAAUGGCAAACCACUCCGCACAGCCCGAUCCAGCAGCUCCUCAGCUCCACCCCUCCCUCCAAAACCCAACCCUGCCUCCCUCCCUCCUCCAGCACUGUCCUUAUCAUUGCCUCCUCCUCGUCCAACUCCAUCUCCCUCACCCUGUGACAACACCACUCCUCAAUCAAUACCUUGUGAUUUCGGAGAUCCUUCCAAUACUUCAGCUGAUCCCAACCUAGAGCUUGAAUUAGGUUCAUCUGUGGCUCGUCGCUCCUCCCUACAUAGAUCCAAAUCAGACCUGUCAGACCGGUACGCCCGUGCCGGAGCUGACGUGGAACGUUUUUUUAACUACUGUGGCCUUGACCCCGAGGAGCUGGAGGCAGUCGGUCCGGAGAACUUUGCACGAGCCAACUCAGACAUCGUCAGCCUGAACUUCCGAUCAGCUUCUAUGAUCUCCUCCGACUGUGAUCGAUCACGGCAUUCCUCCAAUGAUGGGCUGUCAGAUGGGGAUGAGGGUGAGGAUGAGGAGGAGGAGGCUGGGGAGCGUGUUCCAUAUGGCAUCUCAGCUGUGGAGCGAAAUGCAAGAGUCAUUAAGUGGCUGUACAGCAUCAAACAAGCAAAAGAGACACAAAAAGUGUCACAUGUUUAGGAAAAGCACUACACACAAACUGCUCCAUGUUUUAAAAUUGAUAGAUGAACCAGAGUUUCUCGAGGCUGUGAUCCUGGAGCUGAACUGAAAAUUUGUGAAAAUGAAUAGAUGGAUGAAUGAAUGGAUGGAAGGGAAAGUCUGACAGGUCUAACAAACUAGGUGAAAAAACAAACAAAUGUUUGUUUAGAAAUUAAUGAAGAUAUGAGGAAAUGGACUUAAUCCUCUUUGGUCUAGAAUAACAUGAACACUAACAACAGAAAAGAAAGAAAUGUAAUGGAUUGAUAUGAACAAAAUGUUCAGUCUGGAGAAACAAAUAAAGACAGGACACGUAUGUAAACUAACUGUUUCUCUAUGGACAUGGCAUAAACUGACAGACAUACUCUGACAGUUUGCAAAAUGCACUACAGCUGUUCAAGGACCCAUAAAGUGACGGCCUCAUUUACAAAGGAUUACAGGCCUUUCUCACAGAAUACAUUUUGACUUGUCAGACAGGUUUAACUAACUUUCUGUUAAGGUGUAGCCUGGUUUCAAGACCUCUGAAUCUUUGCCUGUAUCUGAUCUGUGCAGCAAAUUAAACAGGCCUGUUUCUUUUCUCAUUCACAACUGUUUCCCCAGUAGGAGAAACAGUAGGAGAAACAGUUGUCCAGUUAAUAUAUUUGAAGUGGAAUUAUGAAUAAGGAUGUCAUCUUCCUACAUACAGUGCCCUCAGAAAGUGUUCAAUCCCCUUCACCUGUUGCACAUUUUUUAAAUUAAUAAUUACAAAGUGAAAACUGUUAUGAGGAAUUUUUGCAAAUUAAAAAUCAAAAACUGAAAGCUCUCAUUUACAAAAGUAUACAGACUCUUAAUUCAGUCCUUUGUAGAAGCUGCUUACUGACCAAGGCCCUUCUUGCUUGGUUACUCAAUUUGACAGGAUAGUCACCAAUAGGAAGAGUCCUUGUGGUUCCAAAGUUCUUUCAUUUCCCAGUUAUAUAGAGAUUACAUAUAUAGAGAUUACACUUCACUAGGUGCGCCAGGAAAAAAAAACAAAUUUAACAAACUUAAAGACACAGGUAAAAGACAUCUCACAUGUGUGUCUCAGAGUCAGUGUGGAUUGAAUGUAAUAAUAGAGUAGUGUAAUAGAUCAGAGUAAUGGUGCAAUUACUCUGCUCUAGUACAAGGCAGUUGUACAUUCGUUAGACCAUGAAAUAGAGCCACCAUUGACAUUAGUAGUUCCACCAGUGCUUUUCCUGCAAUGACAACUCAAAAUGUCCAGUUUGAAAAAUGAUUCUGUAAUAGUCAAUAUGUGAUCACAGUGUUUUUGUCUCUGUUUAAACAAACUUUGGAAAGGUCCUCACAUCUUGCUAAACAGAUACUGAACUCUAUCUGUCAAGAACUAGAAAUCACUUUGGAAAGUCAGUGAUGCUGUUACAGUGUGUGACCAUAAUGAGUCCAGCUCAGUGAAGCUACUUGAUAUUCAUUAUAGGUGACAUUUAAUUGAAUAAUUGAUCAAUUCAGCACUUACUUAGGUCACAAAGACUCAUUUGAUUAUUAAUGAAUCAAGUAGUUUACUAUGACACUGCAAAAUGUUGAGAAACUCAUUAAACAUAUGGUAGUAAGCUAGCUGACAUUAAAUUUUAGCUCCUGUUAAGCUAGAUAUUGUAAUUAAGUGAAGGCCUGAGUCACUGAGUGACAAAGGAAACAGAGGACAUUGACACUGAGUGGUAUGGACAGAUAAACAGAUAAUAUAAAAUAUAGUCUCUCAAGCCUAUUUACCCAUACAGCAUUAAGGUUACACUAUUAUAUCUUUACGCUGAUAGGCCUGUGUGGGCCUUUAUUAACAAAUGUCGCAUCAACCUGUUCAUGUCAACCAACAAAACAUUGCAUUGGAGAGUUUUAGUGUCCUGUGAUGGGACAUGGUUAUUCAAAGCCUGUUCUACACUGAUGAGAAAUUUGGUCAAAUGGUUAAAUGUACUAAAUAUUGUAUAAGGUUUAAUGGAUCACUACUCGCACAACUGUAUUUUAUUAUUUAACUUCAGUCCAUCAACUCCAUCUAAACGAUUAAGUGUCUGUGGUACAAACCACAGGAUUCUGUGAUAGUAGAUGUGUGAUUUUAGCAUGAAUUUUAAAGAUAAACUACUAUUAAAUGUAUAUGAUCCAUUAGCCUCUUUAACAAGUCUGCAUGGUGGACUUUAUAUGAGAUGUCUAUCACUUUACACAUUCAACAUUUGGAUUGGCCCCCUUCGUCCUGUUACAUUUGCCAUUAUACGUGAUUUUCUUUUAAGGUUCAGCAGUUGUAUUGAUAUUAUACAGUUGCCAUUUGAAAGACAGUAAUUUUCAUCUUGCAAGAGUCAUGAUUUUAAUUGCAGUAUUAAUUAUUAUCAUCAAUCAUAAUUAAUGAUUUAACAAGCUAUAAAAACUCUGUUUAAAACUGUUGAUGACAGGUUUAUUCUGCAGGAACUAAUGAACUUUAGUUCUGUGAGUUUACCAAAGUGCUAAAUGAAACUCAUGGCUGUUGUCUGAUCAUUCUGCUCUCUGCAUGCUAUUUUGUGUAUGUAAGAAGGUGUCCUUGAUUAAGAUGCAACAGUCUUUAUGAUUUUUAUGUUUGGUCGACUAUGUCUUAACAUUCUUCAAAAAGCCAACACUCCACAAGAGUAUGAGUUUUCCAACAAAUGAUCUAGGUGAUGGCAUCAUGUAAUUUUCAGACAAAUUGAAGUUGGGUUGUCAAGUGGAGUUGCAUCUUUAUUUCAUGGGUCCACUUGUGGUGAUGGUAAAUUACCAGUCUCUCAGAACUCACAGAAACGGGUAAUUCAUUCCAUAAAGCUUGUACACAUAUUACAUAUCCCAUCACUUCUUCACUUAUUAGGUAGUGAAAUGUCAUACCUACAUGCACAAGCAAAUCUGCAAAACAGUUCAAAAGUUAAAGAACCAGAGAAUCCCUGAGUAUGUCCCACAAGUGAUGACCUUUACAAGGAUAGCUACCCUCAACAAAGAUGAUCAUUGGCCGUCUUGGGUAAAAUGAAUAAUGCCACAAGCAUUUUCUAGCAAUAAUGUUGCAGGACACCAAACCUCUCCUUUCAAAAUAACAUUCAAAUUAACAUCAGUAAUUAUGACCACCAGGCACUAUACACUUACCUUGGAAGCAAUACAAGUUAAGCUGUCUGUUCACUAUUACAGGAUGUAUUGGAGUACAGGAUAGUGUAGGAGGGUGGAAGGGAGACUGUGGUUGUGUUAUUUGUCAGUGUUCUCUCCAAAUGCAUUUUAAGGUUUUUAUAGUUGCUUGUACUGUAGAUCACAUCCUGCAAACACACACACGCAGAAGGAACUCCAGCAGAGCUUCUGCAUUAUGUCAAAGAACACUGUAGGCUGCAUUCAUCAUGAACACCUUGUUGAUGUCAUCACCUCUGCUUUCUCUGAAAAUCUGAGUCCUCAAAGCCAGCCACAGGAAGAAACCUGUUGCUUUAAAAGCCCUUAUGUGUUCUCUGAUAAUUAAGGGGGUUGGAUUACCUAGUACACCUCCACCCUCACUCUUGUUAUUUGUUUAGGAGUUUGCAAGUCGCUGACAUGUCUUAAGGCCCAAAGCCAUAUUGGUAUGAAUGCAGUGCCGAAGUCAGCAUCUACCAGUUGUCAUUGUGUCUGUCUACCCUGCCUUCUCCCUUCACUUCACUUCCAACAACAGCAACACCCUGCAGGGCUAAUAUGUUGUCUCAGACAAAACAUAUGGAAACACCAACAUUUGAGGCAGCUGUGGUCUCUCUGAUGUUGACAGGUAUAUAACUCGGAAUACAUAUAUUGAUGACAUCAUGUGUAGGACAGAGCGGGAUACGUCACAUUUUAGUUGAAUUUUUUUCCUCAGAUUUAAGCUAGCUGUUUUAACACCUCUAGCACACAUUUGCAGAAAGUUAUCCAAUUUUAAUGCAAACAAGCCACAUUGACGAUUCUGGUUGCUCAAACCACUUCAGGACAUUGUGUGAGACUUUCUAACGGAUGUUGAAAAUGUGUAAAUGCAUCUGUCUCUCCAAGAGGCAUACAUUAUUUUCACUGACACCCAAAUGUUACCAUGGUAGUAAGCAUUCUUUGGAAAUAAACACAUAUAUAGUCUUCCCGUGAUGGAUGGUUGUCAGUUGCCAAGCAAAAGUGUUGUUACUCAGCUGCUACAUUGUACAAAUUAAUCAUCUUCUUAUAAAAGUGUACAUAUGGUCUAUAUAUAAACAACUUUGUUUUAUUGGUGCUGACAUAAUGAAACACCCAAACUUCACUAUCCCGUACAGGAAUAAAUACCUUUUAAGGUGACCAUAUGAACAGAAAGGUCUCAUGCUUUAGCCACUAAAGAAACUCAAUAUCCAGUAGCUUUUAGGCCAGUUUAGCUCAGUCAGAAUUUUGCUAAGCAAUUCCUUAGUAUGUCAUGGGAUUUUAGUCUUUGGUCAUGCAGCAAAUUUAUUGUACAAGUAUUUGAUGUACUGAAGCUAUGGUCAUUAACCAUUUUUGUUGGAAAAAUGCUCCUAAGUACAAGUAGACACCCUGUAGCUGGUUCCAUUUAGUGCUGGUAUGUUCAAGUGUUUUUAACUCUUGGAAGGUACUGGGUGCUGACCUCUAAAUUAUAUAUAUUUAAGAAUAUCAAGUUUCCCAGUUUUAUUAUGGGCCUUUCAGGCCACAAAACUACAGGACUAACAUGGUGUAUCGGUAAUGACUAUAAGGAAAACAAAAUAAUUAUCUCCAAAACUACAUAAAACUGUUAACAGUGAAAAAACCAGGGGAGUAUACAUGAACAAAAGCAGCAAAACACACAUUAAAUGUUCAGUAUUUCACCUGUAUAUUGACGCAGACUUCCUUAUAGUAUUUCCUUUAACACACAGUCUGCAUCAUAAAUGACCAUGUUUGCCAUGUUACAAACCAGCUGUUACAUUGCUUGCCCCCCAGAGUACCUGAACUUGGAUUUACCACCAUCUCCUGUGCAGAGCUGACCUCUUAGUUAAUGAACUCAUCCCCAUAGCAGAGAGACCACAGUGAAACAAAAGCAGAACCCUACAAUGGUUGCACAUUUAGUUACAGGUCAGUUACAAGUUCCUGGAGUGUAAAAGGUUUCGAUUUGUACAACUCAUCACAUCUCUCUCUCUGUUAUAGCAGAUUUUUUUCACUGCCUUUGAAUAGUGGUCUGAAGCAUACUUAAAUUUUCGUUGGUCACUGUAAUUAUUUGUCCUGCACAUGCUAACACUGAAGUUAUCCCUUACUACUGUGACUACUACCAUGUCAAAAUGUUUCCUAAACCUCAGCUGAAGUUAAUAUGAUGUUUUAGCAAUCUGUGUUCACCAAGUCACUGUGAGAAUCAUUGUCUGGGAAGCGGUAUGUAGGUUUGUUUAACAAGCAAACACUGUCAAUUGAAACACAAAGGGAAGAUGCUCACUUGAAAGGUCUAUCCCAGGCUGUUAAAGCCUCUGAUUAACUUCAUCCACAACAACAGUGUAGUAACGCUACUGAGGUUAUAAUUUCAUGGCCAGUAAUGACAGGAAGAAUAAACUCUGUGACCACUAAAUAGUAAACUUACAUACAUAACAUACAUAUGGGCAUGUGAAUACUGUAUCCAGACACACCUAAUAGAAUACUCAAGUGCAGUCUUAAUUAGAGAGGCACAUAAGUCUUCAAAUGUCUAGAAUGCACAGGGAUCAUGACCCACCACCAGCGCUCACAAACAAGUAGACUAUCUUAAAUGAGAGAAAUGACAUGUUAUAGCAAAACUGCAUUGUUGGAAUUGUAGGAAAUUUCAGUUUUCUUCUUACAGUGGAAGUGAAGGUAAGCCUUCUGGGAGAAAGACCUUGCCCUGUCUCCUCGCUCUGAACUCAGGGCUGAACUAGCAUGUUCCUGUUGAACACCCUGACCUGUCACCCCAGUCCCUACAACCAGACCCCAGGAAACCCUGCUGCUUCUCACUGUCAGCAUUAGUGAAGACAAUAUUGUAUUGUUCUGGCAGCAUCAUCAUGUUUCAGUGUCACUUCUGUCUACAUGGUGUGUGUGUUCUUUUUCAUCUUGGAUUGACAGAUAGAGUUCUUCUGUGGUACUUGCUUUGUUUUACUUUUUCUUCUAUGUGUAAAUGCUGUAAGAAAUGUAUAUAUUUGAUUUAAAAAGCAAUGUGUUUGAUUUUUUUUUUUUGUUUUGUUUUGUUUAUGUGUAACAAAAGGUUCUGAACAAAAAUCAGCUUUUGCUCUCCAUUCAGUACAGAACUGUCUGAUCAAACUGGGCAGGAUUGUUUCAGAGACUUAGUGUUUACUGUGUUUUUUGGUGUGGAAACUUUUUCAUUUUGAUUGAUUGAAAAAAAACAUGUUAAUGUUUAGUUUCUUUUGCAUUAUUUCAAUAAAUGUCUUUGUUUGCCA